AUGACACUCCGGAAAUGGACUGCGAACAAUGAGCAACUGCAGGAGCAGUUCAAAAAGGAGGAGCCAACAUUUAUGACCGAAGAAAAAAGCCUCUCACCUUCACCAACCUCCAAGGUACUUGGAAUGAUGUGGGAUCACGAAGGGGACUGCUUUAUUUACAAAGUUGAAGCUUUGCUUGAAUUCCUCUCAGCAAAUGUGGACACUAAACGGUUCAUCCUCAAGGCAGCCUCAAGAGUAUUCGAUCCUCUUGGAUUGAUCGCGCCCUUCGUCCUAACAGCUAAGCUGCUAUUUCAGAAGCUGUGGACAUUGGGAAUCAGCUGGGAUGAAGAACUCCCCGCUGAUUUUAUCACUGAAUGGCACGCUCGGACGGCGGACCUUGUUCAACUGCACUCGUUAAGUAUACCAAGACAUGUCAAGCGAGGCAUCCAGGCAGGAGCCAACAAAGUACAGCUACACGUCUUCGUAGAUGCAAGCACGAAAGCCUACGGAUCUUGUGCGUACUUUAGAACAGCCGAUGACCAAGGAGAAACAGCUACCAUGUUAGUUGUUGGGAAGACAAGAGUGGCACCGAUAAAACCUUUAUCACUGCCUAGGUUGAAGCUGAUGGGGCCGAAUAUUGGAGCCAGACUCCUACGAUACAUAAAACAGUCAUAUUAUGACGUGGAACUUGAUUACAUUAUGUGGACUGACUCAACGGUUGCCCUCAGUUGGGUGAGAGGAGUCCCUGAAAAAUGGAAGCCAUUUGUAAAAAACAGGGUGGCAGAGAUACGCGUCAUGACAUCCCCGGACCACUGGAGGCACUGCCCCGGUCAAGAGAAUCCGGCGGAUCUCUUGACCAGAGGACUAGGCGUUCAGGAGCUUCGUGCUAACUCUCUUUGGUGGAAAGGGCCGAGUUGGCUGAGUCAAGAACCUUCAGAAUGUCCUGAAUCUUCAGUGUUCUUGGAAGACACGCCUCAACUCGAAGUAAAAGAAGAGACACAUGUGCUGUUGGAGAAAGGCCAAGAAGUUCCAUCAUUGUUCGACACCGGAAGUUACGAGAAUUACCAGAAGGUUCUGAGGAUCACUGCCUGGGUCAUCAGGUUCGCUAACAACGCACAGAAGAGAAAUGACAAAAUACGAGGUGGAUUAAUUGCGGCAGAGUUGGACAAAGCAGAGCAGUAUUGGAUCAGGCAGAUACAAAACGAAAGGUUUCAGACGGAUAUUAUGCUCCGCGAGAAAAAUACGACAGAGGUUAAUGUAAGACUCGCAGAGUAUCAUCCUCUCUUUGGCGAAAACAAAAUCCUGCGGGUCGGAGGACGACUGCAGAGGUUGACGGAAAGUCUCGAUGUGAAACAUCCAGUCCUGUUACCGAACGACCAUGACUUUGUCAAGCUAAUUGUGAUGCACGCUCAUUCCUACGUCUGCAGCCAGUGCAAGGUGGAUGACGCGAAGUAA